AUUCGAGAGAAAAUAUAUUUACAAGACGAAAAAGGCGAUGAAAAUAAAGAUAAAAGUGAAUUAUUUUUCUUGGCUAUUCAUUCAUGGACGCAUGACCUUCUCUCGUGUGAUGACGUGACGGAAUGAUAGAGAGAAUUGAGUAACUUUUAUAUAUAUGAUCUUUUUAGUGUUGGUUUUUUUUAAUAACUCAGAUGAUUUUAAAAGUUUUCUAAAUCUAAAUACUAAUUUGGGAAUCAGGGGAAACUAUUUUGUCUAGUGUUGUUUGAGAAGAAAAAAAUAGGAAGAAGCGUGUUCGAUGAGUCACAUGUGCCAUUAAUUAAGCUCUUUGCCAUCACUCUCUUUGACUAUUACCCGGUCCAUCUAAAAGACAGCCUAGCCUAGUUUGUUGUCCUAUUUAUAACAUUGAUUACAAACUUGGAAGUCAAAAAUCGAUCAUUCUUUAUAAGUAACUUAAGUUUAUUUUUGAGAUCUACAAUCAUCAUGUAAAUGUCAUAAAAGUCGAGUUUAUGUGCACAAGAGGAAACAAUUUUUGUGUUAAUUUAAACAAAAUUAAAUCUAUAAAUAACAAUUUUUAUGUUACACCACGACCAACAAAGUAAUGAUAGUGUACGUAGAAGAACCAUGUGCUAUCUUUUGAACAAGUCAUGCUAUAACAUACAUAAGCAAAAGGAAUGGUUCAAAAAGUAUUAACGUACUCAAGUUUAUUUAACCAAACAAGUCUCUUUCGUAUCUUCCUACCACAUUGGCAAGGAUUUGAGAAAGUUAAAAAUGGAUUUCACUUCUAGAUGUUCUCUCAAGCCUUUCAAUUUCACUUUUCUUCUCCUUUGGCUAUCACAUUUUCAGGCUGCUCAAUCUUUCACAAACUUCAUAUUUGGAGACUCAUUGGUAGAUGUUGGAAACAACAAUUAUAUCUUCACAUUGUCGAAAGCCGAUUCUUCGCCUUAUGGCAUCGAUUUUGGACCUUCCAAUGGCCAACCCACGGGAAGAUUCACUAAUGGUCGAACCAUUUCUGAUAUCGUGGGUGAAGCCUUAGGAGCAAAAUCAGCACCACCUCCAUAUCUUGAACCAAACUCUGAGGCUAACACAUUUCUCAAUGGAAUCAACUAUGCUUCUGGUGCGGCUGGAAUCUUGGACGACACUGGACUUUUUUUUAUCGGGAGAGUUCCGCUAAGAGAACAAGUGAGUUAUUUUGAGAAGAGUAGAGAUUACAUGGUAAGAGUGAUUGGUGAAAAUGGUACAAAAGAGAUGUUGAAGAAGGCAAUGUUCACAAUGACAAUUGGUUCAAAUGAUAUAUUGAAUAAUAUUCAACCAUCAAUACCUUUUUUCUCUCAAGACAAACUCCCCAUUGAUGUCCUACAAGAUUCCAUGGUCCUCCAUUUAACCACACAUCUGAAGCGAUUGCAUCAGCUAGGAGCUAGGAAGUUCGUGGUGGUUGGGAUAGGGCCACUUGGUUGCAUACCGUUUGCUCGUGCCUUGAAUUUAAUACCAGCCGGAAAAUGCUCCGAACAAGUCAACCAAAUAGUCCGAGGUUAUAACAUGAAGCUUAGACAUUCUCUUAAGACACUUAACAAUGAGUUAAGAUCUGAAGAUUACAACGCUACAUUUGUCUACGCCAACUCUUACGACCUCUUCUUGAAACUGGUUUUAAACUAUCGACAGUUUGGUUUGGAGAACGCAGACAAGCCGUGUUGUGGCGGCUACUUUCCGCCGUUUACAUGUUUUAAGGGACCGAACCAGAACUCAAGCCAAGCGGCUUGUGAGGACCGGUCCAAGUUUGUCUUCUGGGACGCGUAUCACCCAACCGAAGCUGCCAAUCUCAUUGUUGCCAAAGCACUUCUUGAUGGUGACCAAACUGUGGCUACACCUUUCAACAUUCGCUAUCUUAACGAUCUUUAAUUACUAACCUAAUAUCGGUAUGAUUCAUAAUCAUAUAAAUAUAUUCAAUCACUCGCUUAAAAGCAAUAAUUUUCUUAGGAAACAUCACAA